AGUAUUUAAGAACCGGGCGAGACAGUGAGACGUGUGUGCGCGCGCUGGCUGAAAGGGUGCGCUUGUGGGUGCGUGUGUGCGUGUGAACGAGCGGGUAUACCCCGCGUGUGCUUGCCUGCCCGCGCGGUCCUGGGAUGCUACAGGCACACCCUCACCCAAGACGGACAUGAGUGCGGCUUCCCCUUGCACAAUGCUGGCGGCUGUUGUGGUAAUAUUGGUGAUGGUGGUGGCUCACGGGUUUGCUGGAGUGAAUGCAGGAGAGAUGGACCACUUCAUCCAUGUGCGAAGCUCCGUCAAGACAGAUGAGAUCAAGAACAAUGGGACGCUGCAAGUGCCUCGCAUGGAGUUUGGUUUCCUUCUGUGCAACGCGUCCUCAGUCACAACUGAUGACUCCACACAUUACUGGGAUUAUUAUGUAGAGUGGGAGAUGCCUACAGAAGCUGAGAAGGACAAUUCAGUAUUCCAGAUGGGUAACGAGUACCAGAUGCCCCAUUCCUACAUUGUCUUCCAAGAGUUUAAGUCAAAUUUCACUGGAAGAUACAGGUGUCGUCUCCACUUCCGCAGCAAUCUAGUUGGAUUACACACUGUCUACCUCACCCUCCCUGAUUCUCCAAGCCUUACAUCAACCACCCCAUGAUUUUUGGUAUGAUAGGAGAGGUAGAAGAGCUGUGAAAGAUUUAACAUACCCAGAACUCCUUUUAUGGAAAACCUUCUAUAUUUUAAUAUGUGACAGCAGCCUUUCAAUUACACUUGUAUGUUGUGUGCUGAAUUAUUUAUUUUGUAAAAAUAAAAUGAUGAUUAAUAA